CUAUGCCACUGUGCCUGAAGGCUGCUGCCAGCAUGAGGGACUACUGCCCCGUGUCGGUGCCCCGGUAUGGCCGGUACACCCCGCGCCUGAGGGCCUCGCGCACUGUGCACUUCCCCAACGACGUCGUCUUUCAGGACCACAUCAAGCAGGGGGACCUGGAACAGGUGGGCAGGUUCAUACGAGCCAGGAAGGUGACGCUGGACACCAUCUACCCCUCUGGCAUGGCAGCUCUUCACGAGGCCGUGCUGACGGGAAACCUGGACUGUGUCAAGCUCCUGGUGAAAUACGGUGCCGACAUCCACCAGAGAGAUGAGAACGGCUGGACACCCCUGCACAUGGCCUGCAGCGAUGGCUAUGCUGACAUAGCCAGGUACCUCCUGUCCCUCGGGGCCAGCCUGGAGGCCACCACCGACGACGGGGAGAAGCCCUCGGACCUCAUCGACCCCGAGUACGAGGACCUGGUGCAGCUCUUCGGAGCCACCGCGCUGCGCUGAGGCGGGCACGGCGAGGAGCGGCCCCGAGGGCCGGGGCGGCGGGGCUGCGCCCACCC